AUGAGAAUCAUUGCUAUAACAGGAGGGAUAGGAACAGGUAAAACAGCCUUAUUAAACAUCCUGAAGGCGAGAGGCCAGGCAACGAUCAAUGUUGAUGGUUUGGUCCAUGAAAUACUAAACGGAGAGGACAUAAAGAGCAUACGACAAAGGUUUUUUACCGAUCCUAAGUUCAGAAAAGCUCAUGAGAAAAAAAUAAGGCCGAAAAUAUAUAUAGAAACAGCUAAAAGGGUAAUAUAUUUACUGUUAGCGGGAUAUUCUGUUGUAUUUAUCGAGAUUCCAUUGUUGUUCGAGCUAGACCUCCACCAUUACUUCUAUACAAUAGUUGUUGCCUGUGACGAAAACCUUCAAAUGAUGAGGGGAAGGAAAAUAAGUUACUUGAAGGAGAGAUUAUCCUUUCAAAUUCCCAUGGAAAAGAAAAUCAAGCUUGCCCAAGAGGUUAUAUAUAACAAUGGAAACAUUGAUGAUCUAAUAGAUAGUGCCAGCGAUCUUAAUUUUUCUGGAUCCAGCAUAUAUUGCUGCCUAACAAUUAUAUUAACCAUAAUUCUUCUAGUGGUUUGUGAAUAG